AUGGCUCCCUCGUACCUCCGGAAGCCUCCCCAGGCCCCGCCUAUCUUCACUGCUACCCCAGAGUCGGUGGUAGCAGAUGCCGAGCGUCUGAUCAAAACCUCCCGUACCAUCCAAGACAAGCUGGUGGCCGAGAUCAAGCCCGAAAACGCCACCUUUGCCAACGUCGUCCGUCCCCUCGCUCAAGAUGACAACGUCAUGGGACUAGAGGCACACAUUCUGGGCUUCUACCAGGCUGUCUCCACCGACUCGAAGCUGCGUGAUGCCUCAUCCAAGGCUGAAGAGCUCAUGGACGAGUUCUUCAUCGAGGCCGUCAUGCGCGAGGAUGUCUUCAGUCUGUUUGACGCUGUGCUGCGCCGGAAUGAGUCUCUCGACCCCGAGUCCCGCCGUCUGCUGGAAAAGGAACACAAGGAUUUCGUCCGCAAUGGCCUUGGUCUGCCGGCUGGGCCUCAGCGGGCCCGCUUCAAGGAGAUCAAGAAGCGUCUGAGCCAGCUGAGCAUUGAAUUCCAGAAGAACCUGAACGAGGAGAAUGGCGGUAUCUGGUUCACCCCCGAGCAGCUGUCCGGCGUGCCCAAUGAUGUGCUGGACGGUCUUAAGAAGGGCGAGAACGAGAAUGCCGGCAAGCUGUGGCUGUCUUUCAAGUACCCCGACCUUUUCCCUACCAUGAAAUACGCUAGCGACCCCGAGACCCGUAAGCAGGUCAUGAUCGCCAACGAGAACAAGUGCAACCAGAACGUGCCGCUAUUCCGCGAAGCCAUUGUGCUCCGUGACGAGGCUGCUCGUCUGCUCGGCUACCCCAACCACGCUGCCUUCCGCAUCGAGGAUAAGAUGGCCAAGACCCCCGAGACUGUCAACAAGUUCCUGGGUGAUCUUCGCAACCGCUUGACCGCUGGCGGUAAGCAGGAGAUCGAGAAGCUGCGCGAGUUGAAGAAGGCCACUGAUCCUAACUCGGAUGGCCGUUACUACCUGUGGGACCACCGUUUCUAUGACCGUCUGAUGCUAGAGAAGGACUACUCUCUGGAUCAGCAGCUUAUUGCUGAGUGGUUCCCCCUGCAGACCACUAUUGAGGGCAUGCUGAAGAUCUUCGAGGAGCUGUUCGGUCUGGAGUUUGUUGAGAUUGUUGGUGAGGACCGUGCAUCUCUUGCCCCGACUGGCCAGGGUGAUGACAUCGUCUGGCACGAGGAUGUGCAGGUCUUCAGCGUAUGGAACGACGAGGGUGAGGGCAAUGGUUUUGUCGGAUAUCUCUACCUGGACCUGUUCCCCCGCGAGGGCAAGUAUGGGCACGCCGCCAACUUCAACCUGCAGCCUGGUUUCAUCGACAAGGACGGUAACCGCCGUUUCCCCGCCACCGCACUGGUGUGCAACUUCACCAAGCCCCAGCCCAAGAAGCCCAGUCUGCUGAAGCACGACGAGGUGGUCACCCUCUUCCACGAACUGGGCCACGGUAUUCACGACCUGGUCUCCCGAACUAUCUACUCCCGCUUCCACGGUACCAGCACAGUGCGCGAUUUCGUCGAAGCACCCAGCCAGAUGCUUGAGAACUGGUGCUGGACACCCUCGCAACUGCGCUCCCUCAGCCGACACUACUCAACCCUCUCCCCCGAGUACCUUGCCAGCUGGCAAGAGGCCCAGCAGUCCCGCAGCGGCGGCAAGACUGCCACUGGCCCACCACCAGAGCGUAUCCCCGACGAUGUGAUCGAGAACUUGAUCCGCACCAAGCACGUCAACGAUGCUUUGUUCAACUUGCGCCAGCUCCACUUUGGUAUCUUCGACAUGACCAUCCACGAGCCCAAGAGCCACGCCGACAUUGAGGCUCUUCCUCUGUCGGCUACAUACAACCGUCUCCGCCAGGAGAUUACCCAGAUGGACGGACCAGAAGCUCUAGGCGCUGGCAGUGAAUGGGGUCACGGCGAGGCCACCUUCGGACAUUUGAUCGGUGGCUACGAUGCCGGAUACUAUGGAUAUCUGAGCUCCCAAGUCUACUCCACCGACAUGUUCUACACCGUCUUCAAGGACGACCCCAUGAAUAAGGCCGCUGGCCGUCGCUACCGCUACCAGGUUCUGGAGAAGGGUGGUAGCCAGGACGAGAUGAAGACCUUGACUGAGUUCCUGGGUCGUGAGCCUCAGACUGAUGCUUUCUACAAGGAUCUCGGUCUGGCGUAA